UGAGAUACUUUUAUCAAAUAACCAUUGUUCGUGUGGUAUAUGUUUAUUUUAUAACAAAACCAAGUCAAUAGAUAUUGUCAGAUAAAUUAAUCAAUUCGCUAGAAGAGGUGAAUAAUCGAUAAAGGUUAGUUCGAUACCCAAACUCGUCUCCAUUUCUCCACGAACUCACGAACAACACAACAUGCAACUAGCUACCAACAAUACAAGACUAUAAUCGAGAGUGGAGACUAAUCGAAUUAUUAAAAGAGGGUGACUCCACUUAUCGAGCCACUUUUGUGUUUUGUUGUUGUUGCCAUCGGAGGAGCCGUAACAUGCAACGAUGUUUGUCUGAUAACAGGUCACUCCGCCUCUCCGUUAUCUUCAAAUCUCUUUCCAAAUCCAUCGCUUCUGAAUUUACACUAACUAACCUCUUGUAUGCGAGAUUUAUAAUUUAUCUAACACUUUAUUAAUGUGAGAAGAAACACAUCUCCACUAUUUAAAUUACCACAUUAUUUUAUUUAAUGAUGAAAUUUUUGUGGAUAUCCACAACCAACCCACACCAACCCACAACGGAUAGUGGUUAACCACUACCCACCGCAGGACAGGUUGUGGGUAACAUAAUUUUAUAUUUGUGGGUGUGUUUACCCGCAAAAUAUGGGGCAAGUAACCUCACCCACCCCAAUUUCCACCCCUACCUACUGGCAUUGGGAAAAUUCUGAACCAAACCCCAGUCAAGCCAACCGCCCCCCAAACGGCCAAAACCCCUGGCUCGCGCCCUCCUCGACCUCAUUCCCUCUCUCACUUCAUCGCGCGCUCGAACUCUCCCAACGAUUGUACCCUAGUAUCUUCGCUUUCCGUUCCCGCCGUGUUUGCCUUAGUCCGCCGUUACUGUUUGUUUGCUCGUAGCCCUUUGCCGCCAAUCCAUUACCUCAUACCCACCGCAACCCCUCUGCCCUUGCCUCUUGGGACCGGUUACUAUGACAACACCCUUUGUAUUGUUAUUGUAACAACACUAGUCUCCAACCAAUAGGAAGCUAGGAUUGUGAUGACUUUUUAUUAGAUGAGUUGACCUAGUGUAAAAUCAAAACAGGGGUAUAAUUGUCAUUAUGAAAAAUAUGUUUAAAUAAUAAAAAAUAAAUUUUUUUUUAUUUUUCUGCCCAAAAAUUUGGUCGCCGGAAUUCUGCCACCGGUCGCCGGAAAGUGGUCGCCGGUCACCGGAAUAUGCUUUUUGUCGCUGGAAUAUGCUAUUUGUCGCCGGAAUAUGCUUACCGAUGUCGGAAUAUGCUUACCGGCGUCGAAAUCUAGUUAUCGGGGCCGGAAUAUGCCUAUCGGCGUCGGAAUCUGCUCACUGACGGUCACCGGAGUUCGGUCAACGAACUUCGUUGACCGGUCAACGAACUUUGUUGACCGGUCAACGGUCAACGACCACCGGAUGUAUGGUCUACAUUGUGAGAUUUAUGGUUUGGUUUCUCAUAUUUUCGUAUGCCUUUUGUGGUUUGCUUUAUCGUGUUUGUGGUUUGCAUUAAAAAGUUUCUGGUUUGCUUUAUCGUGUUUGUGGUUUGCAUUGAGAAGUUUCUGGUUUGCUUUAAAAAACUUUGUGGUUUGCAUUGAGGGGUUUCUAGUUUGUUUUAAUAUAUUUGUGGUCUGCAUUAGGACGUUUAUGGUUUGCUUUUUUGUGGUUUGAUUUACUGUGUUUGUGGUUUGCAUUAGGAGGUUUCUGGUGUGCUUCGCAAAUGUUGUGGUUUGCUUUGUGAGGUUUGUGGUUUGUUUUAGGAGAUUUGUGGUAUGCAUUCGGAGGUUUCUGGUUUGCAUUAAGAAGUUUCUGGUGUGCUUUCGAAACUUUUGUGGUUUGCUUUGCGAGGUUUCUGGUUUGUUUUAAUAUAUAUGUGGUCUGCAUUAGGACAUUUUUUGUUUGCUUUACCGUGUUUGUGAUUUGCAUUAGGGGGUUUCUGGUGUGUUUUUCAAAAUAUUUAUGGUUUGCUUUGUCCGGUUUCUGAUAUGUUUUAGCGAAUUUGUGGUUUGCACUAGAAGGUUUCCGGUAUGUUUUUUGUGGGUUGUUUUAUUGCGUUUGUGGUUUACACUAGGGGGUUUUUGGUGUUAGAAAUAUUUGUGAUUUUGUUUAUUAUGUUUUUUGUUGGUUUUAGUGACUUGUGCUCUGCAUUAGGAAAAUUAUAAAAUUGACUUGUACUCACAAAUUGCAAUUAAAAAUGAACUAAAUUGGUGUAUCGCAAUGAAAAUUAAAAUGAGUAAAAUUGCAUUAAUUGGCUUUUCAAUUUCAUUGACCCGAGAUGCAAUUCUUCAAAUUUUCAUAUGGGAUUUAGGCUCGACCAUUUCAUUUUCUUGGACAAAGCUCAAGCCCACCGGUUGGCCGCUACCCUACAGACAACCUUUCUCAAAGAUUGGACCUUCCACCAUCCUCGCCCUGCAUCAAGUCCAAGAAGAAACCCUCACUGCCACCAUUUCCUCCACAAAAUCCGCCGCGCUAAAACCCUUCCUUUUUUCUCCCGACGAUCGAUCCAAUCCCGGCGAAUUGCGGGGAGGAAACCCCCGCCGAAUUUUGAAUUCCCAAGUCGGUUUAUUUUUUGGCAGAAGAGAUGCCGAUAUCGGAUGCGGUGACGGCGAACCUGACACCGAUCUACGUGGCGGGGAUCGCAGGUGUCAAGCUCACGUCCGCCGCCGUCUCCUCCAGCAACGCCAGCUCGCUCCUCGUCGAAGCCGACUGGCUCCUCACCUUCGGCUCCGUCAUGUCCGAACACUACGACGCCGUCGAGGCCUCGGUCUUGUAUGUUGACCUCGACGGAGGCGGCCAGCUGAAGGAGGUUGCGGCAGAUCGGUUGUCUUCGUUCGGCGUCGUCUGGCCGGAGCUAACGUUCAGCAUCGGCCUGAAGGCGACGACAAGGGACGGCGGGAGUAGUGUCUUGGGGGACGUGAUUGAUGUCGAAUCGCCUUCGCAGUAAUUUGGUCUCCCGAAACACCAGAUACUGUCUCCUUCCUUCAGCGUUUGGUUCCGACUUCACAGGAAUAAGGGUAUCCGUUCAAC